AUGGAUGCUCCCUCUUUUGGCUGGAUUAAAUGCAAUACUGAUGGUGCCUUUGAUGAUAUUUCUGGAGCAACUGGUGCAGGGUAUGUGAUGCGAGACUUCUCAAGAAAAGAAACCUUUUGUGCAUCCUUAGUCUUUGAAGUACAUUCUGCUGAAGAACCUGAAGCAAGAGCCAUCUGGGCAGUACUGAAGAAAGCAUUGGAGCAACAAUUAACUCAUAUCAUCAUAGAAAGUGAUGCAAAAUCUCUUGUCGACCAAUUUUCAGCUGGGAAUUUUGAUGGGGAUUCGCGUACGGAUGUUAUCUUUAAAGACAUUCACUUAUGUUCUUUAAAGUUAACUGCUUGUAUUUUUAGUUUCCAACCUCGUUAUUGUAACUCUGUAGCUCAUGAGCUCGCCCUAUGGGCAAAGACAAACAAUUCUACCAUGUACUGGUCUACCCCUCCUAUUUGGCUUCUACCAACAGUUGAGGAGGACCAUUUUCCUUUUUUGAAGGCCUUUGCUUAUAAUUAA